AUGGCCAUAACAGAGAAGCCCAUUGUUCUGUAUCACUAUGCACAAUCUCCGUAUUCACAGAGAGUGGUGUGGUAUCUUGCUUUGAAGGGGAUCAAAUACCAACAAUGCAUUCAACCACGAAUUAUGCCUCGGCCAGAUAUUCAUCGUCUCGGCGUAAAAUACAGGCGCAUUCCCAUUCUCACAAUAGGCAGAGACGUCUACCUAGACACUCGCCUCAUCAUCUCAAAGCUCAAUGAACUACAACCAGGCCAAGAAACAGUCCAUCUCUCAGUCGCGACAACUCCAGAACAGCGAGCGCUGCAGCAGCUUCUUCAAGUAUACAUCAUGGAUUCCGGAUUUCAAAGAAACGUCGUGCAGCUUGUUCUAUUUAACCACAAGGGCCUUAAUGACCCGGCGUUUGUAAAAGAUCGUGCAGAGUUGAUAGGCGGCACGACCUUUUUCCCGCGGGAAGCUCUGGAGGCGAUGCGACCGGAGGCGGUUCGUGUGGUGAAGAACGGGUUUGAGUUUUUGGAGCGGACGUUGUUAUCUGAUGGGAGGGAGUGGCUUCUGGGAACUGAGAAGCCAAGUAUUGGUGAUAUUGAGGUUGCUUGGUCGUUGGUGUUUGCUUGGAUGGAGAGGUUUAAGAGUGUUGCGGCGGAAGCGCAGGAGGAUUUGGGCGAAGUGAAGACUUUGACUGGGGAUGAGGCUGCGGAGUUGAUCCUGGGGUCGGAGUUUUAUGAAGCUGAAGGACGGGUUAAUGAGGGAGAUCCGUUAGUUCAGCAUCUGGGGCUGAAGAAAGGGCAGUUGGUACGAGUUUGGCCAACGGAUACUGGAGUUAACCAUAAAGAACUGGGAGAGCUGGUGAGUAUUAAUGAGAAGGAGGUGGUUGUUGAGGCGAAAGCGGAGGAGAGCGGAUCAACAAGAGUUCAUGCUCAGAGACAUGGAUUUGCUGUGGCGGCUUAUGAGGAGUAA